UAAGCUGGCUGAAGAUCCCAGAAAGGAAGCUUCGAAGGAAGAUUAUGACCGCCAUUUAGCAGAAAAACAAAAAAGUCACGAAGAAAAAGCUAGUGACAAAGAGAAAGUGACAGAUUGUUUUAUCGUUGCAUGCUAGGACUUACAAGCGGUAAUGACGGUUCCUAAAGGAGACGUAUCAACAUUCUAUUAUAAGUCCAAAAUAAAUUGUUUGAAUUUUACCACAUCGGAGUUGAAAACAGACAAUGUUACUUUUGGGAUGAAUCUCAAGGCAAUCGUGGAGCCAAUGAAAUAGGUAGCUGUGUUUUGAAGUUUUUGCAAAAGAAGUCUUCUUUCGCUAAUAAAGAUCUUGAUAUAGUGUUCUAUUCUGAUAACUGCUGUGGCCAACAGAAGAAACAGGUGAUCAUUGGAAUGUACGUCUAUGCAGUAUUAAAUCUCAAAGUAAAAUUAAUAACCCAUAAGUUCUUAAUCCGAGACCACACACAAAAUGAAGGGGACGCAGUACAUUCAACGAUUGAGAAGGAAGUAAAAAAAAGUCUUAAAUCUGGACCCAUUUACGUACCUUCCCAAUACGUCUGUGCCAUCAGAAGUUCGAAAAAACGUGGGACGCCGUACAUUGUAAAUGAGAUGGGAUACGAAGAUUUUAUGGAUUUGAAACAACUGCCAGUUAUUAAGCUGAAUAGGAGUGUUGAUGGUGCGGUUGUAAAGUUGUGUGAUAUAAAAGUCAUUAAAAUUGAAAAGAACGUAAUGAAUGAGAUUAAAAUAUUCUAUAAAAUGUCUUAUUUUGAUGACUUGAAGGAACUUGAUUUGGCAAAAAGAACAUCCAGAAACAGCCGACCUCAAGAACUUAAACCAUUGUACCACCAAAAAUUGGAUAUAUCCGAAAGGAAGAAAAAUGACUGAGGAGUCUUGUGGAUGCGGGUUUGAUUCCUGGAUAUUACCGAUCCUACUAUGAAAGUAUUUUUAUUUGAAAAUGUAAUAGCUCUUAAGCAUUAAGUAUCACAUUUUUACAAAUGCCUAUUUGCAUUUUUUGUUACGAUUCGUUUAUUUUCUUAGUUUAUUUUGAUAGUCUUAAAAUAUUUUAUUUUAAUUAAAACAUUGCGUAUAUUGUCGUGACUGAUUCGAGUAAGACUUUCUUUUGUAGUACAUACAAAUAAAUACUUUAUUCAUCUAAAAUUAGUUUUUAUUUUAUUCCUGACAUUCAUUUACUUAAUUGGAGUAGUAGAAUAGUAGAAGAGUUAAUGAAUUAAAUAUGCCAUUAAACAAAAAAUAAUUGAUUGUAUAAAAAC